UUUAAUUUCAUUUUGUUAGGUUCUAUUUUUUCUUUGCUAUGGCUACUUCAUCAUUAAUGCAGAAAUUGAAAUACUUCAACAUGAUGACAGGAAUGUCAUUGAUUAAUGAUGAAGAAAAGGCAGUUAUUUUAGCAACAGAAGCUGGCUUGCUUCCGAAAAAAGAGGAGGCCCCACCUUGCCCAAAAUGUGGUCAUAAGAUGAAUGCCAAUUCCAGGAAAGAAGCAAAACUUGGCUGGAGAUGGAUUUGCAGCAACAGGAAUAGAGGCAAGUGUCCAGGAAUGGUUAACCCCGUUGCAGGCACAUUUUUUGAGGGGACCAAAGUUCCAGUCAGGGAGUGCAUGGUCUUCAUAUUCCUCUUUGUACUGGAGAUGAAUUUCACGUUUAUAAAGAUGAAUUUUAUGUCAUGGAGGAAAGAGCAGAAGUUGCCAGAAAUACGCGACGAAACAAUAUGCGACUUUAUGUCCUAUUGUAGAGAAAUCUGUGAGGUAUUUGCCUCUCAUCACAGUACACAACUUGGUGGAGCAGGUAAAACCAUUUUAGUUGAUGAGACAUUUCUUACCAAGCGUAAGUAUAACAGAGGGCGGGUUACCAAAAACAUGACAAUAACUGUUUUAGGAAUAUAUUGUCGAGAAGACAAAGAAGGGCUGUUUUUUAGAGUUAAUGGGAAAAGCAAGCGAGAUAUAUGGCCAUAUAUAAAGCGUCAUGUUCAUCCAGAAACUUCAGUCAUUUGUACCGAUUCAGCUAAACAGUAUAAAAAUGUAGAAAGCAUGUUCUCUGGAGCUGUUCACAAGACAACAAAUCACAGCAGAGGUGAAUUUGUAGCUAAAAAGGAUAAAUUCAAUACGAUAAAUCAGUUAGAAAAUGAAAACAAAAUUUUUAAAAGAACAAUUGUUAAUAGACGCAAUGAUCAAAGUCUGAUACAGUAUAUGGCCCUUCAUUAUUACAAGCGUUUUCGUUUGAAGCAAUUUCAAUAUCCGGGCGAAAAAAAUUUACCAGUUCCUACAAGAUAUUAAAACUGUAUAUCCUGG